AUGGAGCUAUGCAUGGCAGCCCAAGAAGAUGCGACACCGUGGGAAGUCUUACAUGAAGAUUCUUUGCCAAAAACCAACACAGAGGUCCCAGGUACAGAGACCCUUCUAGAUGGCCGGGCCCACUUCUCCCUUCUCGGAGUCGUGCGUCGAAAGCCAGCUCGCAUGGACGCCGAGUCUACGCGCAGCAAGUCCUGCUCAGACAAGCUUGCACUACGGCAAGUCUCCUCCUUGCUAUCCUGUGAGACCAGUCGCCUCAUUGCUCCCACCGAGAAUGCCUAUCUAGCAGGUUUAAUUCUUCCCGAGGAAGAAAUCAGCCAAGUUGGCUGUGACCGCUCAUUUGGCGAGAACGGCCGGAUGCAGGCUUUGGGUGGGCAAUCUUGGCCCAAGGAGAUGAAUUUCAAAGAAAGCACACCAGGGUAUCGAUUCCGGCCAUUCCAAAUUCUUUCGGUACUGAGUGAAGAGGUGGCAACACUUUGGCCUUUUGCGAAGCCGAAAUCUGUGCCUUGUACUGCUUCUUUGGAGCAGGAAGGGGACCCUUCGACGUCUGGAGCAAAAUCUAAAAAGUCCAGGCCAGGGAAUGUGAGCGCGGUUUGGAUAUUGGCUCCCUCGUAUCACUGCCCAUCAGCAAUGACCAUGGAUACCGGCGCCAAGUCAGUGCCGACUCUUUGCCGUUCCAAAACCGGUUUGUAUGAGACUAUCAUCAAUGGAGUGAAACAAGGAAACCGGGCAUCCUCACCUGCUGCCCGUGGGGCCUCGUCUUUAUCUCGAGCUAAGCUUUGGGCUCUUUUUCGCGAAAUUGCGCCCUCGGUUCCACGUUCCUAUCAGACCGAUGUCUCCCAAGCCGAAUCGCUGGUGGAUGCUUCGGAAGCUGAAGAUCCGCACGCCAAUACAGUUCAGCCCCGCAUGCCAGAUAUUACCACCUACCAGGAUUUCAAAAACCCUAGCAGCUUGAAAGACCCGUUGGAAAUCCGUAGGCAGGCCAUCGGGGAUGCGAGACUGGUUCUCAAGGGAUGGAUGCCUAAUUCAGGAGAUGAAUCUUGGGGCUUGGAUGUUUUGGUUGACCCCAAAAAGCGAAAGCGUUGA